AGAACGAAAAACAAGACAGAAUAAGGGAAAGAAGAAAAGACCCGGUCUCAUACAUCCUGGGGUGAGAAUCAGGACCAACAUGAAGCCCUUCCUCCCUCUGCUGCUCCUCCUGCUCCUCUACUCCCUUUUGACUUCCUGUGCACUGGCCAGUAAAUGUCCAAAAGACUGUUCCUGUUCAAGUCCAGACAGCAUCAUCUGUUUUGCACGGCUGGGCAAGACCGUGCCUUCAAAAGUGCCCACGUCAACCAAAAAUCUUUACGUCUUCCAGAAUGGCAUCGAAGCCCUAAAACAGGAUGACUUUAUUGGGCUGGAAAACUUAGAAAUGCUUGAUUUAAGUCAAAACAAGCUGACUGAGCUGCCGGAUCGUGUGUUUGAGCCGCUUUCUUCCCUACGCAACCUAGACCUCUCAAACAACAGAAUUACACAUAUAUCUCAGGAGAGCUUUGCUGGAUUGGAGUUGCUGGAAAGGCUGUAUCUUCAUAGCAACACCAUAAAGAGCAUACACCCUGCUGCCUUCGAUGGUCUGGAGCAACUACUUGAGUUAAAGCUGCAAGGGAACGGGUUGACAACAAUGCCUACUCUUAAAAUGCCUCAUCUUCUGCUGCUUGAUCUGCGAUUCAAUAAAAUCCCUUUACCAAGCCCAGAUGGCCUACGGACACCAAAACUAGAGUCACUAAAACUGGGUGGACUAGGCUUGCGCACCCUGGAUGAUACACUCUUGAGUGGCUUCAAGAACCUUCAUGAGUUGGAUAUAUCUAACAACCAACUAAACGCUUUUCCUCCAGUGUUGCAAGAAGCAAGAGGCUUGGUCAUUCUCAGCCUGGCUGGCAAUCCAAUGAGUCCACUUAACUGGAAAGAUUUUGAGAACUUCAAAGAGCUUCAAGAAUUGGACAUUAGUAAUCUGAGCCUUCAAAAUUUGCCCGAGAACAUGACCCAGCUUUUCCCGCACCUGAAAAAACUUACAGUUGCAGAGAAUCCCUUUAACUGUCUCUGCUCUCUGGCCUGGUUUCCUGGCUGGCUGCGUAACCAGCAAAUAGUGCUAGGAAGGAAAGAGGAGACCCGCUGUCAUUUCCCACCCAGAAAUGCAGGAAAGGUCUUAGAGAGGCUCGGACAUCGUGAUUUUGGAUGCCCUACCAGGACAGUUAUACCUGUCAGCACAGUUAAGACCACUACAUUGGCGCCCUCGUUGAUUACCACUUUGCAUAUUACGACACACGGCGUUCAGCCCGUCAAGCCUAGUGAAGCCUUUAAUGCAGAGACUGAUAGUUAUGCUCAACCUCCAAUCCCAGCCACCCCAAGCAGCAGUCCAGACUUAGAUAUGAGAAGGAAUGGUUGUCCGUCUAAUAUCUGCCUUAACGGGGGCACGUGUCGGUUGAACUAUCAGAAUCAUUUCGAGUGCACUUGUCCACAGUGGACAUCGGGCAGAUAUUGUGAGAAUGAAGAAGAUUUGGCUCUGUUUGAAAAUGUCUCCACACCAAAAAUUCUAUGGGUGGGUGAAAUCAAUGCCCAAAUGGUAACAAGCUCAUCUAUACUGCUGGACCUUUAUCGCUAUAUUGAGAUGCGUCCGUAUAUCCGCGGAGUCAAGCUCACUUAUAGCAACCUGUCAGGACUGGAUAAACGUCCCAAGCAACUGAACAUCCCAGCGUCUUACCCAGAAUACACACUGCGCGGACUGCUCCCAAAUUCCACAUAUUUCAUCUGUGCCAGCCCACUCGGUGAGCCCAGCGAUGUAGACAGCGUGUGCAUCGAAGCCCAGACGUCCGACCAACAGGUCUUCAGCGGCCGCGUAGAGGAGCCACAGCUUACGACCAUGCUGGUGCCAGCAGUCGCUAUACUGCUCCUGCUGGUCUUAGUGGCUGUGGCUGUGGGUGUGGCUUGCUUCAUGCGGAGGAAAAAAACACAUCUAGAGCUAUACUGUGAUCCUUCGCAAUUGGAACUAGAUGGGGUUAAAGUAGGGUUGGACAAUGGGGCCCUACCCACAAAGCAGCCAGAGGUUUCGUCCUCUACAGCUGCAAUGCAGAACGGUUGCUUGGACUAUGAAGCGCCACUCAUUGCGAACAAUAUGAGCAGUUUAAAGCCUUCUUGAAUUAAACAUUAAGAGGAUGGACUUUAUGGACUUGGAGAGAACAAGCCUAAGACUUUUUAAAAAGGUCAGAUAUAUCAAAAUGAUAUUAAACCUUCAGUGCCUUUAAGUGUAACCAAGUGCUAUUUUUUGCCCAGUAUUGUAGCACAAAAACGUACGCAACAUUCUGCUUUGUAGUCCAUGUGGAGCUCAAUAGCAGUUGCACUUGCUGUGAACAGAAUCCAACAUGAUGUAUGUUGGAAUAGAGAAAAAAACCUUUUCUAGUCACCUAAUGACUGAUACUUGUGUUGCCUGAUCGGUUGAUGUAUUGCUUGUGAGACAUGAAGUCAACACUCAUGUGCAUUUGUAUAUUUCGUACCUGUUGCUUUUAUAUGUUUGUCUAUGUACGUAUUUUUGUACUGUAUGUUUAUACACAUACACCAUUUUUCCUUUACCUCUUGUGGAAGAAGCAUGAUUUUUUUUGUAAUCAAAGGAUUAUUCAGGAUUUGUCCCAAAACAUGUGGACACCCGACUGUAAGCUUGUUGGACAUCCAAUUCCAAAACCUAGGGCAUUAAAUAAAAUUUCCCUCCCUUCCAAUUGAGCCUGUAGCAGCGUUUAAUCAUUUACAUUUGUGGCAUUUAGCAGACUUAUCACUGAAUACAAUUCAAGCAAUAAAAGGUUAAGGGCAUUGCUCAGGUACCCAACUAGUCCAGUACCUUAACUGCUGAGCUACCACUGCCCAGUUGAUGGAAGUCUAGGUCAGGGCUCUGUGCAGGCCACUGGAACUCCUACAUACCCAACUCAUCAAACCAUCAAACCAUGUCUUGACAUGAUGCUGGAUCAGGAAAGGACCUUCCGCAAAGUGUUGCUACAAAUUUGGAGGCAUUUAAUUUAUAAUCUGUGUGGCUGAAACACCAGAACUUAUUAAUUACUAUGGGUGUCCACAUACUUGUAUUUAUAUGUCUGACUGACAUCGUCCCUUAUUUUAGACAUCAAGUAAUGAAGCCUAAAGCACCAAUAACUUUGUGGUCACUGUGGACGUGGUGGAAGAGGGUAGAAACACGGAUGAUAAAACUCUUGUCUGGCAACCCAUUAAGAAAGUGUAAAAAACGACAAGAGGACGAGGAUAGAUAUGCGGACUGACCUCUGUGAGGAACUGUAUUACUGUUUAAGCACUUGCUUUUGAGUUGGUCAGUUUAAAUGUUAAACAUUAAAAACAAUCAAUGUAAAUGUGAAUGUAGUUUCACUUAAACUAAGAAGGACACGCUUUGAUCUAAAAUUGUUUAAUUGUUUCAUUGCUCUUUAUGCAUUAGCAUCCUAACUGGAAAACAAGUGUGAACAGUAUAAAACAUUGAAAAUAUUUCUGAAUGUUUUCAAUAAGCAUAAUUGUGUUUUUUCCCUAUUUAUUUUGGGAAGCUUUU